AUGUCCACGAAGAUGCAGUACGUUAAUCUAGGAAAAUCUGGACUCAAAGUGUCCAAAAUCAUCCUAGGAUGCAUGUCUUAUGGUACGCCUCAGUGGCAAGGUUGGGUUUUGCCCGAAGAAGAGGGGAUCAAGCAUAUCAAAUUUGCCUACGACCAUGGCAUCCAAACCUUCGACACGGCAAAUGUGUACUCGAACGGCGAAUCGGAGGUCAUUUUAGGCAAGGCGAUCAAGCAACACAACCUCCCUCGGGACGAAAUUGUUGUUAUGACUAAGUUAUGCGGUGCCGUAUCGCGCGAUCCGAGCUUCAUUGGAUUCAACCCCAAAGAUUUUGAUAAAUUGGGCUUCGUGAACCAAUACGGCCUAAGCCGCAAGCACAUCUUCGAAAGCGUAAAGCACAGUCUAGAAAGGCUGCAGCUGGAUUACAUCGAUGUGCUCCAAUGCCAUCGAUUCGACAAGGAUACUCCUAUAGAAGAGACGAUGCAAGCGCUUGACGAUGUUGUCAAGGCGGGGUAUGUUCGAUACAUCGGCAUGAGCUCAUGUUAUGCAUGGCAAUUCCACGCAAUGCAAAAUUACGCCAUCACGCACAACCUAACCCCGUUCAUAUCUAUGCAGAACCAUUACAACCUUCUCUACCGCGAAGAAGAGCGGGAGAUGCUCCCGACUUUGAAGCACUUCGGCGUUGGUUCCAUCCCCUGGUCGCCGUUGGCUGGGGGGAGACUAACCAGGCCUGUGGCAAUUCAAAAUGCAACAAAGAGGCAGCAGACGGAUCCUUGGAAUGCCAUGUACCUUGCAGGUCCAGGAUGGGCUGACAUCGUGGCAAGGGUCGAGGAAAUUGCGAAGAAGAAAGGCGUCAGUAUGGCUCAGAUCUCAAUCGCAUGGACUCUCUCCAAAGAAGGAGUCAACGCCCCCGUUGUAGGUACCACCAAUCUCAAGAAUCUAGAGGACAUCAUCGGUGCUCUCGAUGUCAAGUUGACAGAGGAAGAGAUCAAGUACCUUGAGGAAUCAUACAAGGCUCAGCCUAUCCUAGGGCAUUGA